AUCAAGUUCUGUGUUGAAAAGAAUUCAAUCCCAUCAACACAGUUCAGAACUAGCUAGCUAGCUAGCCUCCCUCAGAGGUCGACGACACUGUACUGUGUUCGAGAUAAGUACUUCGAGUCAUGGCCAACUGCUUCCACACAGCUUUAGAAAUGCCACCAUGUCGCAACAACUCGGAACAUACAACAGAUGCAAGGAGCAAGACGGCUCCAGAGUCAAAUUCAAAGGCAAAAGAAGGAAAAUGGCGAAUACUAGACGAAGUUCUCGAUCCCAAGGGACGAAUCCUUCAAAAAUGGAAUAUGAUAUUUGCAGCAUCAUGCGUGCUUGCUGUUUUGCUGGAUCCUUUGUUCCUCUACAUCCCAAUCCUAAACGACGACAUGAAGUGCAUUGGAGUAGACAAAAACAUGAAGAUUGUAGCUGUGGUUUUCAGAUCGUUUACAGAUCUCAUUUAUAUAGUCAAGAUUAUUUUUCAAAUCUGUAAACUCAAGAAAUCUAAGGAGAUUUGGGAGUCAUGCAUGAUGCUCGUCAAAGGUGGAGCCAUGAAAGGAUCGGGUGGGUCUCAGGCCCCAUCUAAAAAUGCGGACAAAAAGUGCCUCCCCAUAAAAGAUAUUAUGGGUCCGCUACUGGUGCUUGUCGUUGAUAUUUUAACAGUUCUUCCCAUUCCACAGGUAGUAAUCAUCAUUUUCCUUACAAAAAUGAGGGGUUCGAGAUUGAAUACAAUUAUUAUGAACUCUCUUGUUCUAUUCCAAUAUGUGCCACGAGUAUUUUGCAUCUACCUUGCUGGUAAGGAAUUUAAAAUCCCGAGCUGUCUUGAAAAGUGGGAAUCAUGGCUUAAAGGUGGACUCAGUUUUUUCAUGUACAUCCUUGCUAGCAAUGUAAUUGGAGCUUUUUGGUAUUUCUUCUCUAUCCAACAAAUGAUACAUUGCUGGCAAUCUGCAUGCCACUCGCUAAAUUAUCAUAAUGAAUGUAAAUCUAGUGCGUUACUGUGUCACAAUCAACGUACUAUUGGAAGAACCACAUUGGUAUAUGAUUUGUGUCCGAUAAAUCCACAAAAUGUAACACUCUUUGAUUUUGGCAUAUUUCUCAAUGUCCUUCAACCUGGAAUAGCUGGAUCAACAAAUUAUUUACAAAAGUUAACAAAUUGUUUGUUGUGGGCCCUGCGAAAUUUGAGUUCAUUUGGUUCGAACCUCGAGCCUAGUAUCAAUCCGUGGGAAAACCUUUUUGCGACUUCUGUUUCUAUCACUGGCUUGCUCCUGUUUCUAUAUCUCCUUGGAAAAUUACAGAUAUAUAUGGCAUGGGAAACAGCAAUGAAGCAAGAAAGAUGGACAACAGAAGUUCGAGAGAAGAAGGAAGUAAAACGACUGAUUAAAUUAUUUGAACCGAAGAUAGACUCAUGGUUAGAAAAAAAUGACCUGGAUCCCAGCCGUUUCAAGUCAGUGGUCGAGACAGAGCUGGUAAAUCUAGCAUUGAAAAGCAACAAGGAAGAUGUUGAUGAGAAUGAAAUCUUUCCCAAUCUUUCUCGUGAUCUUCGAGAUCAGAUACAAAUUGAAAAGGAUGCAAAAGAGAUAGAUUCUAAAAGAAAAACGUAA